CCAAGGGCGUCCAUCUUCGCCUUACCUGGAGAGUGCGUUGAUGUAGUUGCCAGCUGCGCAUAGCCCGUUGGUGCUCAAAUCGACGAGCAGGCGGCCUCUCAUCCCAUCGCGCUAGUCGUAGUUGCUCUUGUAGAAUACGACCCGUAUACCUAAAAUCUCACAAAAGCUGCCAGACCCUUUUGAUCAUGCUACCGUCGCAGUACAGUGCGUACUUGCAGCGAAGCAUACGAUUGCACAUACAGAACUGCGUGUUGUCGAGAACCAGGAUUCAUUACAGUCCAGUACCAGUCGUGGGAGUAGGACGCGACCGGUGCAAUGCACGUAGAAGGCACGGGGGAUGCAACUGCGGUUCUCCUCUCCUCUCCAUUCUCCUCUCCAUUCUGCAUUCCCCUGCUGGUAACAGUGGUCACAGUGCAUUCUCUUGUUCAGAGGUACGAGGGGUGCGCGGUGUCAGGAUGCACCUCAUUCAGCAGCUCAUGCGAGCACCGCUCGUUUUGCCUUCUAUCCUGGAGCUGCAGCUACUGUACGACGCCCUCGUCGCUGGCUCCUCGCUGGCUCUCACUCCCCCUCGCCCUCUACAGUAUCGUGCUGGCUCGACACUCGAACCAGCCCGAGUCGUGGAGAGAUUAUUCGAUGUACACCCAAGUAUUCGAUGAAAUAGCACAUAUUAGAGCCCUCUUUUUGUUACCAUCACCCCAAGUUCGGUUCAGGUUUGCAAUGUCGCACGGAGAGCGAGUCCCGUCGAACGUGGGUUUCUCAGGCAAGCGCAGUAUAGCGUUACAGUGACCACGCAGAUAAAACAAUCGUUGCCAUCGAAUACUUGGUGUACUGUACUCUUGUAGUAGGAUGCGUCUGCCGACGUGGAAGGGGCACAAGCCAGGUACAGUAGCGUUUCUCACCCUCCCCCCCACUACCCCCCUAGAACCAUUCAAGGCUGGCCGCUAUGAGUUUCCAUCCUCACUCAUCUCACUCGCCUCACUCGUCUCACUCGCCUCAGGCUGCACCUCUCGCCCGAAGAGAAAGAAUCUUCCUCUUCGCGGACCAGCGGAGGGGUGUCACUGUCCUCCUCCCGUCCUGCGCGCCAGAAAGCGCUCCGAUUCACCCAUUGGCCAGGUUUUUUCUGCAUACUGUAGACCGCUCUUCGCUACAGUACUACUGCGCAACAGCCCGACAGUAUGGUACAGCCUGCACCGCUACCGAGUAGCGCCGUGAGUGGUGGAUCCUUCCAGAAUGGACGUGCUGCCUUCUAGCCACUCCUCCCUCCCUCUCACCGCUCCUCUUUCCUCCGGAGUUUCUCUUCGCCACUGCCUUGUCUGAUCGAACUAGACCAGACUCUCUGCGUCGUCCCCUUGUCGCUUGGCAACGGACGUCCAAUCGUUGUCCGCCUACGAUCCUCUCUGCCUCAACCUCGAAAACGCUUCCUUCUCUCCGCCAGAGACAUUCGCCCUGUAUGAGCCCCUCUUUUAGACCCGCGACCAGCUGGAAUCCGUGCUACUGACUCCCUGCGCGCCUCAGCCACGGUCAUUUCCUCUUCGGUUGACUUCAGCCAACCACGGGAUCCGCGUUCGAAGUAGCCGCUGGACGAGGCGCCAUCCGGAGCAGCGCGUUUUCGACCAGCCUCAUAAUCCAUGGCGGCUCCUUUCCACAGGGCCCACUCCGCCGACGAGAACCGCGUCGUCUCGCCCCCUGCUGCGCCGACACCGCGCGGAGAGGGGCAACCGGGGGCACCAGGAGGCAGAGGAGGCGGGGGAGGCGGGGGAGGCGGAGCAGCGGGGCGCAUAGCUCACAGCCCGAGUUAUCCCAACUCUGGGUAUGCUACUAACGGGGAUGGGAACCUUGGGGGCUCGCGGCGGUCUCUGGAGGGCGGAGGCGGGAGCUCCAAGGCGCUUUCGAGAUCCAGUAGCGGGGCAGUUGCUAACGCGGAUGCCACGGGUGGUAACGGAGAGGGGAGCGGGAAGCAUUGGUCCGGUACAAGCAGUGCGCUUUCUGCUAGUAGCGAAACGCCUCGUGCGUGGGCUAGCCAGCUGUCCGCCAGUGGUGACAAUAGCGGGGGUGCUAUCCUCGAGCUGGGUGACUACAACGAUCAGAUGGCCACAUCCCCGUAUCCAGAGGCGAUCAAAGAGGAGGAAGGGUCCGUGGAGGGCCGGAAUGUUCCAAUGCCGGAUGUGACUCUAGAGGAGGAGCUCUCCGAGUCUCUCAUGCCGCUCAAGUGGGUGUUCUUCCCCGAGGCAGACCCCAUUCAGCAGUUUCGUGGAAAGCCGUGGAGGGAGAAGAUCUGGGUGUUCCUCAAGGGCGUGUUCCCGAUCCUGGAGUGGCUGCCCAAGUACGACCUGCGGUACUACCUGCUGGGUGACAUCAUCGGGGGGGUGUCCAUCGCUAUAAUGUCCGUGCCUCAGGACGUGUCAUACGCCAAGUACGCCAACCUCCCUGCCGAGUUCGCUCUCCGCACCAGCUUCAUCCCCCCUCUGCUGUACGCGAUACAGGGCUCCUCCAAGCACCUGGUGAUAGCGCCCGUGUCCGUCGUGUCUCAGCUGCUGGGCACCACACUCAGCGGCAUAGUGGACCCCAGCGCCGACCCUGCUCUCUACACCAGUCUCGCCGUCACGGCCACCUUCUUCUGCGGCAUCUUCCAACUCAUCAUGGGGCUCUGCAGGUUCGGUUUCUUAGUCGAUUUUCUCAACCAGCCAACGAUCGUUGGGUUCCUGUCGGGGUGCUCGCUCACCAUCGCCAUCCAGCAGCUCAAGCUCAUUCUGGGCUACAAGGACUUCACCCUCAGCACCAGCAUCGUCAACAUCAUCGCUGCGAUAGUGCAAUACAGCUCGCAGUUCCAGUGGAAGGCGUUCGUGAUGGGCAUGUCUUUCUUCCUCUACCUCACCACCGUCCGCGCCCUGGUGUACUUAAAGCCCAAGAACAAGGUGUUCUACUACCUCAAUGCGCUCGGCCCCUUGACAUCCAUUGUCAUAUCGACCAUCAUCGUUUCAGUUGCUGGACUCAGCACCAAAGGCAUUCCCACGAUCGGCAAGAUAGGCACCGGGCUGCACGGGGCGUCGUCCAUCUCAUACCUCAACUUCUCGUCGGAAUUUGUGGCAGAUGUGGCCACCGUUGGCUUCAUCGCCUGCCUCGUUUGCCUCGCGGAAUCAGUGGGCAUCGCCCGCACUUUUGCCAGCCUAUAUGGUUACCACAUCGACGGUAACAAGGAGAUGGUGGCCUUCGGUUCGAUGAAUCUGGUCGGCUCCUUCACCUCCUGCUACGUCGCAACAGGGUCCUUCUCUCGCACGGCCGUGAACAUGCUGGCAGGCGCACGGACCGCGGUCACUCAAGUCAUCAUGUCUGGCCUCAUUCUGCUCGUGCUGCUCGUAGCCGCCCCACUCUUCAAGAACGUCCCCAAUUGCGUCGUGGGUGCUGUCAUCGCCAACGCUGCCCUCAACUUGCUUGACUUCCAUGCUGCUUGGUCUCUGUGGAAAGUCGACAAGAUGGAUUUCCUCGUCAUGUCGGGCUGCUUCCUCGCCAUCCUCUUCGGCUCCCCCGAGAUCGGUCUCCUCGUUGCCAUCCUGCUCUCACUCAUCAAGAUCCUCCUGCGCUCGCUGCGCCCCCACAUCCGCCUGCUCGGGCUGCUCCCCAACGCCGCCGCCACGGCCGUGAGCGUGCUGCAGUUCCCCAACAGCACCUUGUGCGAGGGCAUUGUCAUGCUGCGAAUUGAGUCGCCGCUGUACUUCCCCGGGGCGAAUUUCGUGCGGCAGCGGGUGAAGAAGCUGUGCGACGCGUACGCCAGGGGAUACCAGCAGCCAGUCAAGCACUGCGUGUUGGACCUCUCAGUCAUGCAUGACAUCGAUGUGACGGCCAUCGAGGCAAUGAGGGAUCUGCACCGCGACUUGACACAGACUGGCAUUCAGCUGUGUCUGGCCAGCGCCAACAGGGACGUGCUGAGGAAGAUGUUUGACGCCCAGCUCUUGGCUGAGAUCGGGGAGCAGUGGCUCUUCGUCACUCCUGCCGAUGCCGUCAAGCUGUGCCGCGCUGUGGCGCUCUCACAACCCGCUGCUAAGGAGAGUGAACAGCUGCUAACAUCUGUGGAGACUUACGAUAUCUAAAGCGGUGGCAGCAGCAGCAGCUGUAGCAGCAGGGGGGAUGGCGGAGAGCAGUGGCUACUUUUCGUGUCAAGCCAAUUGAGACAAGUUUUGGCACAGCGUGGCUCUCUCGCUUUUGGUACUUAUGCAUGGGAGUGAUAUGUGUCUGUGUAAUGUACGCAGUGUUAAUUACUAAGUUACGUAUGAUUUUGUUCUACGAAAUAUUAACACAAAGGUAGUUUAAAUACUUUUUGUGGAUGGAUAGGUAGUAAUUUCUAUACAGCAGGCGUUCUG